GCCCCGCCCACAGCGGCGCCCAGCCAUGGAGGGCCGCCCGGUGGGAGGGGCCGCGCGCGCCGGCCGAGCGCCUGGUGCCGGUGCGCCGCCUGCAGUGCUACUUCGCGGUGGACGCGCGCUACGUGGGGCAGAAGCUGGCGCGGCUGCUCUUCCCCUUCGGACGGCAGGACUGGCAGGUGCGCUUCCAGCAGGAGCCCCCCGUGGCGCCCCGCUUCGACGUCAACGCCCCCGACCUCUACAUCCCAGGUUCUCCCCCGACCUCUUGGGCUUGCUGGGCAGCUCCGCCCUGGCCUGGCUCAUCGUGGAGGUGCUGGCCGUCCUGCUCGGCCUCUACCUUGCGGCCGUCCACACUGCACUGACCCCCAUCGACCUGGUCGUCUUCUCAGGCUACAAAUACGUGGGCAUGGUUGCAGGCCUCUUGGCAGGGCUGGUGUUCGGGAAGCCUGGCUAUUACAUGCUGCUCGGCUGGUGCUGCGUCGCCAUCUUUGUCUUUACGAUCCGUUCGCUGCGCCUGAAGAUCCUGUCCGAGGCAACCGAAAGGGUCUCGAGGCGGGACACCCAGAGCCAAGAAGAUGAGAUGCCAGAUGAAGUCAAUAUUGAUGAUCUCCUGGAGAUGGACACAGAUGAGGAGAGGGCCAAGAAAUUACAGGGCACCUUGGAGUCAUGCCACAACAACACGGAGGGCCAGACAUCUUCACCUUACUGGAGAAGAAUGGUGGAACUCAACCUCCUCCCCCCACCCCAGGACUUCACCAGAGAGCUGCUGGAGAAGCUGAGAGGCCUCCGAACAGAACAUGUUCUCCGCCGGACAAGUCCCAGCAGCCAGAGGAACAUGGACCAGGGCCCCAAAGUCCCACCGUGACAGGGAUGCUGGAGAGCUGCAGAGACGGCUGAGCUGCUGAAACGACUUGCUGCCGUCUCCCUGCCUCCAAUAGGAUGGAGUGGCUCCACGGCUUCAGCCACCUCCUCCGUCCUGCCGGAAGGUCUCUUGGGCCCUUUUGAACCUCUCUCUGAUGGAUGACAGGCUCUGCUGGGCCGCCUCCCCACAAUAAAAUGCUCUGCCCCCCCCAGAAGCUCAACUGUUGCCUCUGCCAGAGCAGGGUGGGGGAGACGGGACUUUAUGAUGACUGGGGCCCUUGGGAGAGAGAACCUGACCAGGAGAGAGUUUUGCCCCAGAGGUGGCUUGCCAAUUUCUUUACUAUUGGUUCAGGUGCAUUCCCACAUGCUCGCGACACUUCUGUGCAUGCGGGUGGGCAGGGCCUCCCGCCGCUGCUACUACCAGUUCGGUCGAUCUGGACCAAGCUGGCAGCAAUGCUGUGAAGCGCUCUGGACUUUUCUGGCCAUCACCCAGAGGCUGCAUCUAUGUUUGUGCGCUCUUGGCUAGAUUUUUUCCUGGCUGAGCACGGUUGGCACAGUCUGCCUGAUUCUCCAGGGCCAUGAAAACUCAGAAACUGCUUCCUUGCCCGAUCCAUCCCUCAGCAGCCCCCUGUAGCUAGUUAGGUGAGGUGAAGGCAGCAGGCUUUACUAGAGUCUCACAGCUGUGACUCCAGCUGGGUCUGUGACAAUUCGCCACGGCCAACUUGCCACAACUCUCUGUGGGACAAGAGUUACACUAAUACCAAAGAAAUAGUGGAAUAGAAUCAUUAAAGAAAUGAUGCAAAAGGAGGGGCAGAAUGAAACGUGAAUUAUAAUAAUUAAAGCAUUUAUUUAUUUUAAAUCAUUAUAUAGAAUAGUUCGGUUGUCCUGUGGCCAGUUGUCCCAGGGCAAGUGGGCUGUGGCCAGUUGCCCCAUUCUGAGCCAGCCUUUCCGUUUCAGAGAAGCCCCUCAGCCAGACGGAGGCACGGAGUCCUGCUCCCCCCCCCACACCCAGCUGGGAUCCAGAGGGCGGGGAGGGGGGGCUGUUUCUGGGUUAGAAGCUGCUUCAGGAGUUCAGCAGCACUUUGUGCUUCCUCCAUGCGGGAGUGGGGGAGGUCUGCACAAUCAGCCAGUAAGGGGAGGUCCCGGCAGCUGGGCCUGCAGCAGCCCUCCAUCCAGUCCUCCCUGUAGCUGCUGGAUCCCCCAGCAUUAUCUGGCUGUAGAAGGCCUUCUCCCAAGCCCCACAGAUGUCUGUGCAUAUGGCUCCCCACGUGCCCCCCCCCUGCCAUUACUGUCUCUGCAAGUCAAUGUGUACCAGCUACUGCCUGCCUCAGUCCAAGCCAGGGUGGCAGGGGGAGGGGGGAGAUCCUUUCCCCAGGGAGGGAGGGAGGGAGGGAGGGAGGGAAGAUGCUUGCAAAGGGAAGCCCGGGGCCUCCCCCCCCUCCCACGGCAGACACUGGAGCCUCUGAGCCUUGUGCCCUUAUUUGGAAACAGGCAGAGGCUGGAGAGGGGAGGGACCUGCCAGCCAGUCCAGCUGGGCCCUUUUGUGCUCCCUUGGCCUAGAUGCCCACAGCCCUCCCCACCUCCCAAGAAAGGGCUUCUUCUCCAGGGGGUGGGUUGGCAUGAGGGGGAGUGCUGGCCAAGGGCAGGAGGGGAGCCCAGUUGGCAUUGGGGGCUCCUUUCCAUGGGCUGCUCUAGGAAAUGACUUUUACCUCAACUCUUCCUCCUCCUCUUCAAAAAAAUUCUUAUUGAAAAUUUAAAAAAGAAAUGCCCCCCCCCCCCAAAUCCCCUGGCAUACAAAACGUGUAAAAAAAACUAUGUUCAACAGAUUAAUUAUGAAAUGGUAUUCCCAAAAUGAGGGAAACGGUCUUUUCAAAAAUGGAUAAAUCACACUUCCUUAGUACAAUCUUUGCUACGGAGCAUUUCCCAAUCUCUCAAUAAAUUCUCUUGGCUAUUCCAAUAAACCCAUCAGAAACACCCGUGAUCGGCUCCCACAGUUUCAUAAUGUAGCUCAAAAUAAUUGACAAAUGUUACUUGAAAACAUUCACAACCAUCUACUUAAUGUAUGUUGAAAUAUGCUUCCAAAAAGAUACCCAAAUUGAACAGUUCCUUGCUGCAAAACAUAAAAACUUUAAUCCCAAUCUGUAUAUAAUGUUAAUUGUAUAAUGUGCAGUCCCAAAGUUAACAAAUUAACUUCACUUUUGUUUUAUAGUGAGGUGAAUUAUAGCUUAGUGUCCAAAUACAAUGGGAUGAUGUUUCUGUGUAUGUAUAAAUGCAUCUGGGUCAAGCAUAA